AUGGCCAGUGAGGAGGAAGUCAACAUUGAAGAUGAAAUUAUUGAGGAAUCAUAAGUAGAAGACAAUCCAAAAAAGAAGAAGGACAAGAAAGAUAACAAAAUAGCUAUGAAACAAGACUAGAAAAAGCCAAUUGAUGGCAAAUAGCAAUUCGGUGACAAAUCUAUAUGUCGAUUAUGCAAAGUGACUACUCAAUCCACUCCAACUAUAAUCUGUAUAAGGUGUCACUUUAAAUACCACAAGGAAUGCAUACGAACUUAAAACAAAGAGCCGCAAUUCCAGGACGGCUCCAAAUGGUACUGUCUCUCGUGUGUCGAGAGAAUGGCCAAGAGAAAAUUGAAAGAGUCGGAACCAUAGAAAAAGAAGAAAACUAGCCAAAUCCCUGAAAUCUUUCAGAAAACCCUCUAACCACAGGAAGAUAAAUUGAAAAAACACACUGAAUUUCAAUAAAAAUAUCCGACCUAUGUCCAAUAAGGAAGAGUAAUUUUUCCCAUAUUUGAUGAAUAUCUGACAGCAUACCAAUAAUUGUUUACCAUUGAAAUCAAAAAGAAGCCACAACUCCAACUUGAUCCCACUCUUCCCUAGAACCUCUUCGAAGACGUCCUUAAAAUAUGGGACACCUACAAUUAUAUGGACAAAAUUGUGAGCGACAUCCUCUACGCAGGAGAACAGCAAACCGAACAGUAAAGCCAAGUCAAUAACAUUGGCACCCUCAUUCAUUUCAGAGACAACCACACCCCCUAUAGUUAAAAAACUAGGUCCGAAAUAUAUAAUCUCAUCAAAACCAAACCUGAUGAAUUGAUCCUCUUCUUCUGCUACUUCUAUCUCAAACAAAUUAUUGAGGAUUUGGAUUAGGAAUAGAUGCAAAAACAAUCCUACGUAACUCAUAUCAAAAUAUAACCAUAGAAAAUCCCAUAUUGGCACCUUCUCGGAUACAUGUGGUUCACCAAUCGAGUUCGAUAUUACGAGUUAUUGAGAGAUGACAUCAAGUCACUCCCCACCAAUAUCUAUAAAUAGGGAAUAUUACAUUUGGCACAAGAUUUGAUAGACUUUGGUGAUUACACUGACAUCAAAAAAGUGUGUAAAUUGCUUAUAGCCUUGUCUGAUGGGUUAACAGGCCUAAAGAAAACUUAGUUUCUGUAUCAAUUCAGAACUGAAAAUCUCCUGUCCAAUAACAGAAUCAAGCAACAAUUGGGAACACAAAUAAAAUAACAAAGAAGUCAGUAAAUUGAUAUCAACAAAGAAAUCAUAGAAGCUGAAGGCAAUUUUUCAAUAGCCCAAUCUCAACUCCAACAAGAUGGUUUGACUAGAGUCGAAACGCAGAAGUUUACAAAAUCAAUGGAACAAGCCUAAAAAUAGGCACUAAAAUUAAAAUAAUAGUACUCAAAAUUAGAAAAAGAAAUAGCAUCUUUAACAGAAAGAUAUAACCAACAAGACAAGGAAUUGGCCAUCACUUAAAUGCCAGCCUUAUUGUUAAAUCCAUCUAUGUGCUUAGGUCAGGAUGCCAAACACAGUUCAUAUUACUUCUUUCUAUAUGAGCCUGAUAAAAUCUUUGUUUGUAUGAGACAUUCUAUCAUUGAUGACGAUGGAUCAUAACAAUAAUGGGGCUUUUAUGAUUAGACUGAAAUACAAAAUCUACUUAAUUCAUUAUGUCCAAAAGGGGUUCGAGAGAACACUCUGAAAAAUAACAUUAUUGAAUUGUAAAGGGCCAAGUUGAUAUAAAUCAAUGAGUUAAAUUAGGAGUAGAGUGAUUAAAUCGAAUAGGAAAAUCAUAAGAAUGGUAAAAGAGUAGAUAUUGAGUAGGAGGGUCACAAUUAAAGUGAGGAACAAAUUGAAAGGAUGAAUAGUUUAAUCAAUUUAGAUGUGGAUGAGCUUGUCAAUGAAUUUAUUGAAAUCGAAUCAAGUUUGACACAAUAUUUAAAUUAGAAAAAUUCAAGGUGGUGCAGUACUGAACAAAGGACUGGAUUCUUGAAGAAUUUUUAGAAUGUUAUGGAAAAAAAGAAUUCCCAAGAGUACGAUGAAAUUGAUCUGUAACCUUUGGGAAAAGCCAUCGAAUACUUUGUGGAUAACACAAUGAUGCAAGAGAAGUUGGAACUCAGAUUAGAGGAAGAGAUGGAUGAUAAAUAAUUCAAUGAAAAUGACGAGGAUUCCUAUUAACCAAACAGAAGGAGAAAGGUUGUUGAAGAUGAUUCCUCUGUUGAUGAGUAGCCCUAAACCAUGUUGCAAUAAUUAGAAUAGAUGGAUACUGGGAGAGUGAGAGUUCGAAAGUUGCCUAUGAAGUUGUUUGGUACCUACUAUGAGACUCUCCGGUAGAAUCUAAUAGAACAAUUGAAAUUUGAUUGUAACUUAGCCAAAAUGAAGAUUUGUUUAGAAGUGUUGGGGUAGAUAGUUAAAGAUUACAUUGACAGAAAAAAGAUUUAAAUUCAAUAAUAAAUUUUACCUGUGGGGGAAAAGAAGAAAGUGGAAGAAAUCAUCAUUAAAAAGAACGUUGAACCUCAACCCCAAUUUGUUCAGGAGUCACAAUUGUAAGUGACUAAAAAUUUAAGAAAGAGAAAUCAAGUGAAACCUUAGUAUACUGAGACGGAGACUAAGUGGGAAGACAGGUGUAAGAAAUGCAACAAAGGGGGCAAAGUCAUCUGUUGUGAUACUUGCCCUAAAGUAUUCCAUCCAAAAUGUAUCAACUUAAAGGAGGUUCCGUAAGGGAAGUGGAACUGUCUUAAUUGCUUAAGAAAUUUUGAGAGACAAAUCAAAACAAGAGCUACUAUUAGAAAGUUGGAAAACCAAUGA